GUCAAACAUGAACAGAUCCAACCUAUUUUACAGACGGCAAAAUGGGGAAGAGUGAGAGAGAAAGAGAGACAGAGUUUUAUUAUUUGUAGACCUCAAUAAACCAUGGUCCAGCUUUCACUGAAUCCGAUCCCUCUCUUUUAUUUCUAUUUUUUUCCUUGAAUAGUAUUUAUUUAUUCAAGAAAAGAGGCCCCAUUUACUUGAAUUAUUAAUUCCUCUUGGUCUUGAGGCCGGCUGUAUUGGGCUCCUCUUCUUCAUCGCUCUCAUCUCUUUCAUCGAAAUUCCGGCCAUAUUCUGAAACUUUCCGGCGCUUUGAGGCAUUUUCCGGCGUUUUGCUGCUCCUUAGUUUCUCAUUUUCCAGCUAUGGAUCGAUAUCAGAUCACAUAUUGCGAGGCAAAUAUCAAAUAGGGCGAAUUGCAAACAAGACUCAUUAGCAUCAUCCUAAUCAAUAUAGAAUGGACGACUUGGAGAAGGGUGAGGGAGAGAAGAAGUGUAGAAUUUGUCACUUGGGAUUGCAAGAGAGUGGGAUUGCCAUGGAGUUGGGGUGUUCUUGUAGGGAUGAUCUUGCAGCUGUUCACAAGCAAUGUGCUGAAGCCUGGUUCAAAAUCAAAGGAAAUAUGACUUGUGAGAUUUGUGGCUCAACUGCUCGUAAUAUUGUGUGCCCUGAGGCAACAGACGUUACCCAGCGUGUGGAGGAAGCCAAUGUCCCUCCUGCCGCGGCCCAACCACCGGACCCACGAGCCAUUUGGCUUGGCCAUCGGCUCCUAAACUUCUUGCUUGCAUGCCUGGUUUUUGCCUUUAUUAUCUCUUGGAUUUUUCGGUUCAAUCUUUCCCCCUAAUUAUGUAGGCCUGAUCAUAGUCUCUUCCAGCCCUGCAUAUUUACUUAUGAAUUAUUAUGUAAAUUAUCAAUACAACAACAAAGGAUUAUUCAUUCA